GCUCAGCACCAAGAAAGCGCAGCAGAGAGCUGUCAAAAACAUCCUGCUGGAGAGGAUGGGUCGCUAAAUAAGUUGCCCUAAAAUACAGUAUCAAUCCCACCAGGCCUUGAGCUUCUGAACAGAACAAAGGUAUUUGCUGUAGGUGUUUUCGGCAUCAUUGUAACACACUCCAGAGGAUCCAUGUCUUUUCUUCGUUGGGUUUCUGAGAAAUUGAGUGUGGAGAGCCUGCGGGAUUUGGAGUUAUUUGGAGAGCAAGCUCAGGGACUCUCUCACAGGAAAGCCCAUGAGGACAGUCAGGAGAGUCUGACCUCCCUCCCCCGUCGAGACACCAUGGGCAGCUUCCUCCCUGACAGCAGCUCAUAUGAGCUCCUCACUGUUAUUGGUCGGGGCUUGGACGACUUGAUGACUGUGAACUUGGCUCGAUACAGACCCACAGGGGACCAUGUCGCCAUCCGACGGAUCGACUUGGAGUCGUGUACUAAUGACAUGGUUACUUACCUGCAGGGCGAACUACAUGUGUCAAAGUUGUUUCACCACCCCAGUAUUCUACCCUACAAGAGUGUCUUUAUAGCUGAGAAUGAACUGUGGGUCAUCACACCCUUCAUGGCUUGUGGGUCAGCGAGAGAUCUCAUCUGCACACAUUUUACAGAUGGUAUGGGUGAGCUGACCAUAGCGUACAUUUUGCUCGGCAUGCUCAAAGCCCUCGAAUACAUCCACCACAUGGGAUAUGUGCACCGGAGUGUGAAGGCCAGCCACGUGUUGAUCUCUGCGGAUGGACAGGUCUGCAUGUCAGGUCUGCGCAGCAUCUUCAGUCUGAUCCGUCACGGCCAGAGAGCCAAAGUGGUCCACGACUUCCCUCAGUACAGCGUCAAGGUGCUGCCCUGGCUCAGCCCCGAAGUGCUGCAACAGAAUCUACAGGGCUACGACUCUCGAUCAGACAUCUACAGUCUCGGCAUCACAGCCUGUGAAUUGGCCAAUGGACACGUGCCAUUCAAAGACAUGCCAGCUACACAGAUGCUGCUGGAGAAGCUAAAUGGGACAGUGCCAUGUCUGCUGGAUACCACCACUAUCCCCCCGGAGGAGCUGUCGAUGAAGCCGUCUCGCUCUGGUGCUGACUCGGGGAUCUGUGAGGGUCCAGGAGCAGGACCAGUCCGGCACUCUAACGGGGAGCCCUCCUCCUCGUCGGGAGGACAUCCCUACAACCGGACGUUCUCCCCACACUUCCACGGCUUCGUUGAGCUGUGUCUGCAGCGAGACCCAGAGAAGAGACCAUCUGCCACCACUCUCAUCUGUCACCCCUUCUUCAAACAGAUUAAACGCCGACCGUCUGAGGCGCUGCCCGAGCUGCUGCGGCCCGUGUCGCCCAUCACCAGCUUCGAGAGCUCCCAGCAGCAGGACUCUCCCUCUGGACUAGCCAGCCUGGAGUCCGGUCUCAGCCACCUGGAAGUGGACGACUGGGACUUCUGACAGCAGAGGACUUGGCGGGGAGACGCUCGUAGGAUGAGAAGCUCUCUGAGCAGACAGAACGAGAUUUGUUUUUCUAAUGGUCCCCUUGUAAAUAACACAAAUCUCAGACUAAAAGGAGUUGCUGUUCUCAGAGUUCUCAGAGAGAGGUUAAAAGCCAGCAGCCAUCUUGCCUCUUUUUGAUGUCUCUCACAUGCUUGUGUUCUCUAGAUAUGCACAAACUCUUGCACUGCACUGAUGGCCUCUUUCUCACAAACACACACACACACCUGUUUACAGAUUGUACAUUACAAGCCCCAUGGAGCCAAAACACAACAGGACUCCUCUGUUCCUCUUGCUGCUACUGAGGUGUCAGAGGAGGGUCUACGGAUGUAGAUGUAGCCUAAAGAUUCUCAUGAAACGGAUCAGUGGGAAGCUGCUACUUAAUAUUCGGAGGGGACGCUCUACCUCUUGUGUGAUCACGGCCGCUUGAAGUGGCCCAUCUGCUCGGUGAGACCACCAUAAGGGUGCACGGCGGUCCUCACGGCUGACUCAGUUAGCCCUCUGCACCAGACGGAAAGUCUCAUGUAGGGUCAACUAAAUGAACAGCAUGUACACAUGUUUCUUAGCUCUCUGCCUGUGUUACAGUAUAAACUACAUCUCAUGCUUCAGGCCUCUCUUUUGUUGCACAGAGGUUCAAAUUAACUCGUUAGUUUAACCUUCCAAGCAUAGAAGUAUGUAUUUCCUUGAACUUACUCUGGGUGUUACUCAUGUCAAAAGUGAAUGUUUUACUGGUGCUUGUUUUGUCUGCAUGUACAUUUGAAAAGAUGAGGGCAAAGCAAAGUGUUGCAAGUAUCAGACUUGACUUUUAAAAAUAAAUUUGGUUCGCUUUAA